AUGGGAGAUAUGAUCAAUUGCACGAGAUUUCUCUGUCGAGCUGAUGAUUUAGUUCCAUUACCAGCAGAACCAGUAGAUAUACCUCGAAUUCCCCUUAUUUCACUUGCAUAUCGUGUUGGAAGUCUUUUGGAUGCGUUCGGUGAGAAAACAAAUGAACAACAUGUGAUGAGCGCUCUUCAAGCAGUGGUUCGCCAAUGGAAACAAUACGAAAUACCUGUUGAUAUAUGUGACUUUACAUCGUAUCCGAAAUUAGAUGUCUUUCCAGCUAAAUAUGUCAUCUUUCUUGAGUUGAUCGAGGAUGAAGAACGAAAAAUUGAUGCACAACAACUUCAAUUUCUUCAAAAUACGCUUAGUUCAGAAGUCGAACAACAGCUUUGCAAAGCAAAUGAAUAUUAUAAAGAUUAUCGAAGUGCAUCAAAACUGGAUCCUAUUGCUUGUAUACUUGUUCGCAAAGGAACAUUCUCAACUUUCAUGCUCAGUGCAGCAGCUAAAGAGGUUUUUGAUGCCAAGUACAAAUCACAAAGAAUUGAAGACAACGAUUAUAGUUUUAUUAUUGAUGGAAAACAUUAUGCAACGGUCGAGCACUACUAUCAAUCUCAAAAGUACGUUGAUGAAUGUCCAGAACAGGCAGAAGCAAUUCGAACUGCAGAAACAGCUCUUCAAGCCAAAGACAUGAGUUCGCAAUUCAAAUCGAUCUAUCCUCGUUCAACAUCGUUCGAUGCUGAAGCUGUUAUGUUACGUGGAUUGAGAGCAAAGUUUACUCAAAACAAACAGCUGAUGGCAUUAUUGAAAGCAACAGAAAAUAAAAUCCUCCGAGAAAUGCCCGGAAAAGCGGAUUCAAAAUGGUCGAACGACCAAAAUAUGCUUGGGCAAUUGCUUAUGCAAAUACGCGACGAAUUAUGA